AUGCAGUUCUUCAAGAUCUUCAUUUACAAUGUCUUGUGCCUUUCCCUGGCACUAGCAGGUGUCAUCGACGACCGCAGCUCCCGGAGUAUUACCAGUGAUACCGAGAACCAGGAACUGAAAAGAACCGUUCCUGAGCUAGUCAUCAUUACCCCAAAUAACAACGAAAGACUGCCUGACUCGACUGGUAACACCGAAAGAGCCAAUUUCGACAAUGUCGCUGCCAGAGACGAAGACACGCAAGGUGGCAACUCCAACUCGCCACGUAACGCUCAACCACAAAUGACGGACGUCAAGAUUCAUGAAGCGGCCCUCAACCUCACCGAAAGGGAUGAUCCUCCACAAAUGUCUGACGAUCUUGCGAAUUGCGUCAGCUGCGUGUGGGUGUGUAAAACCGCCGCCACGAAUAUCCUAUUACCUGAAGAAAAGCUUUUCCACAUGUGA